AUGAAGUUACUGCUUGUCGUUGCUGCUGCUCUGGCUGUGGCCAGCUGUGCCAGCAUCUCUCUUGAGGACCUCGAAUUUCAUGCCUGGAAGCUGAAGUUUGGAAGGUCUUACAGCUCUCCAUCAGAGGAGGCACAGCGUAAGGAAAUCUGGCUCAGCAACCGCAAACUGGUUCUGGUUCACAACAUCAUGGCAGAUCAGGGCAUCAAGUCAUAUCGUCUUGGCAUGACCUACUUCGCUGACAUGGAAAAUGAGGAAUACAAGCGCCUGAUUUCCCAGGGUUGCCUGCGCUCAUUCAAUGCCUCCAUGCCUCGCCAUGGCUCUGCUUUCCUCCGACUGCCUGAGGGCAAUGAUCUUCCCAACACCGUUGAUUGGAGGGACAAAGGAUAUGUUACCGAUAUCAAGGAUCAGAAAGCCUGCGGCUCCUGCUGGGCCUUCAGUGCUACCGGCUCUCUGGAGGGUCAGACCUUCAGGAAGACUGGGAAGCUGGUGUCUCUGAGUGAGCAGCAGUUGGUUGACUGCUCUGGUGACUAUGGCAACUAUGGAUGUAUGGGUGGCUUGAUGGAUAAUGCCUUCAAGUACAUCCAGGCAAAUGGUGGAAUAGACACAGAGGAUUCCUACCCCUAUGAGGCAGAGGAUGGACAGUGCCGUUAUAACCCUGACAACGUUGGAGCCACCUGCACAGGCUAUGUGGAUGUAAAGCAAGGCGAUGAAGAUGCCCUAAAGGAGGCUGUGGCCACCAUCGGACCAAUUUCUGUUGGCAUUGAUGCCUCUCAUUCAUCAUUCCAACUUUAUGAAUCAGGAUUGUAUGAUGAGGAGAGGUGCAGCAGCACUGAGCUGGAUCAUGGAGUGCUGGCUGUUGGUUAUGGCACUGAUAAUGGCCGUGACUAUUGGCUGGUUAAAAACAGCUGGGGUGUUGGAUGGGGAGACAAGGGAUACAUCAUGAUGACAAGGAACAAACACAACCAGUGCGGGAUCGCCACUGCAGCCAGCUAUCCACUAGUCUGAGCAGGUCCGGGACUUUACUCUCCGUGGGGAAAUGGUGCCAUGUAAUUUUCUGUAAUUCCUUUUUAAGAGCAACUUAGACACGUACUCUAAACCAAAUGUGUUUCUCUCUUCUCUGCAAUUUUCAGGGAAAGACAGUAGUUCUUUGCUCCGGUUUAUUGUUUAUGAGCAUUGUAAAUAAAUACAAAGAAAUAAAAUGUGUAAUUGGAUAUAAA